UUAUCUGGCCUUGGCUUUUUCCCUGGGCAGCGCUGCUUAUUUGUUCUCUGUGCCAUCCGCCUGCUUGGCAGUUGAAUGAUCCCUAAAAAGAUGAAGCGCCGGAGGCUCAGGGGUGUUUUCAUUGUCUCUGUGUUUGCUUCCUUCCCGCUCCCUCUCUGCCCUCGCCACCUGGAAAUCCCACUGCAGCCUCUCUCCGGUCCCCUCUCUGUGUUCCUCCACUUUUAUCUCAUCGUUUUGAGUUUUCUGUGGGUUUUUGUGAGUGUGAUGGAGAGAUUUACUCAUUUGUUUCCAAGCCUUCUCUGGAGGGCUUUGUUUUCCCCAAAUCAGUAACACAAUAUUUAGCAUCUGGGUAGAGCCGUGUGCUCUUUCUUGUCUCACAGCCAGCUUCUCUUAUUUAUGGAAGCAAGGCCCUCUCUUAUGCUGACUUUAAGAUACCGAUGUGAAUGUCUAAGAGUCAUCUCUUCAAUGAUAGUUAAAUUUCUUUCCCAGCUUCCAAUCUAUUCAUCUCAGGCUGUUGUUUUCACUGACGAUAAAUCCAUCCAUCAGACGUCAAGCCUUGUCUUCUGGAGGCUUAAUCCGCAGGCUGUUGAUUUCCUCUGGUUCAGGCUCUUUUCUGUUGGUUUGUCUUCUGGGUGAGCAGGAAAGCAGAGACCCCACUCAGUCAGUGCAGAUGGCUGAUGGGUGUCUCAGCAGCACGGGGCUGUUUCCAGGGCAGUUUCCCCUGAAUGACAGGGUUGGCCUCCAGAGAUGUCCACAGACUUGCCCUUCAGGCUGUAUAGAUUGGGAGGGAGGCAAGCUCAGGCACCCCCUCCCCGGCCCUGUCUCCCCAGAGUUGCCCUAAGACAAGAGCUGUACCCCUGUGCACAGUACUCGAUUUUGCUCUUUGGUAGCAAAGUUCUCACAGAUUCCCUGGGACAGUUCCUGCUUUUUCUUUUCUGAAUAUAUAUUUUUAGUGGUGGAUGAAACUUUAUUUUUAUUUAUUUAUUUUUAUGUUGUGCUAAGAAUGGAACCCCGUGCCUCACACGUGCCAGGCGCGUGCUCUGAGCCAGCCCCAGCCCCAGUUCCCUGCUUCUUUCUAGGGAACAUUCUCCUGAGUAUUAACCCUCGGGAGUAACCUGCCUAGGUGUCUGGCCGUCCUCCUGCCCACCUCAGCCCCUGUGGACUCCCAGCCUCUGCUGCUUCUCAGUGGGAGGUCUUGCUGGGCUCUGAGGACACACCUGAGACACUCGGUGUCUGUGCUAAGAGGCAAGCCCAGUGCCUCCGCGCCUGCCUCCUGCUCCACGUCUUCUAGAAACUUGUCGAAACUUCCCACUUGCUGGUGGCCCCUCCUGUACGCCUGCGCGGUGAUAACCAUAGAGGUUUUCCAUCUCUAUAUUCUGCUGUUGGGGUGCCCAGCCCAUGUGUUGACCCAGGAGUGUCACUUGCUCUUGAACUUGUCUCUUCUGAGACACUCUGCACUCAUUCGUCAGCUGCUUAGUGAGCAUCACCGUGAACCAGGACUGCACUGGAGGAGGCCGGUGUGGCUGGCCACUUCUGAUUCUGGUUCCUGGACUCCAGAGCUGGCUUUUCUUUCUCUGCUGUCCCUCAAGCCCUGGGUCCUCAAUGUCCAUAUUCUUUGUGAGCAAGUGUCAUCUUCUGACGGCUUCAGCUACCGCUGAGUUAGGCCUGGUUUCCAAAAACUACUUUUAUCUGAGAUCCGAGGCCUGGGACUGGUGUCCAGCUGCUGUGUGGACAUUCCCCUGCAUCUCACACAUUCCUUAAGUAUAGCACACCCGGUUCUCUCUGUCUCUCUUUCUGCCCAAUGCAGGUUUUUUGCUCUGUUUUGUUUUGGUGUCUGUACAGUAUGUGGUGACAGCAUCCACUCAGCUGCUCUUAUGGUUCAUCUGAGAGUAAUGGUCCAUUUUCCUUCAUUGUAUGAAGAAUUGCUGGGGACUUCUAUGUAGAAUCGGUUUCGGCUUCUCGACCCAGUGCUUAUGCCUUAAGAGAGGCGCUCAUCUCUCACACUAGUCUAUUGUCCUCUCUGAUGGCUCUUGAAAAGUUUCCUACCCUUGGCCAUUGGUAUUUCGGGUCAUGUAAUUCUUUGUUGUGGGGGGGCCUGUCCACUGUGGGUUUAGCAGUAUCUCGGGCUUCUGGUCACUAAUUGCUGAGCAAUCUCACCUCCCUCAGUUUUGAUAGCCAAAAAGACCUCCAGACAUUUUUCAGAGCCAGGGGCAAAGUCACCUCUAGUGGAGAAUCACUUCUUUAAAAAUCCCCAAUGUGCUUCUGGAACAUACUUUCCAAAUAUAAAGCUAGUCAUGUUACCUACUUAGAUGUCCCCAUGGUCCAUACAAGUGAUCUCCAAAAAGAAGUGGCUUCUUCCCCCAAGGACAGCACUGCCCUAUCUAGUGAUGUAUGGAAAGUACUAGAAUAUCCAUUGCAUUUGUUUUUUUAUCUAAAAAAAAUUAAGAAAGUUGUCAACCUUUACUUUUGGAGAACAGCUUAAAAAUUGCAUACAUGCAUAAUUUCCAAAGCCUCUGAAGGAUGCUAAGGAAUUUCUGCUGAUGGAUAACUAAAUAUCUUGGCUAUCUCUGGUCUGUAGGGGAAAGUCCAAAAUUUCUGUCUGACUACUGAUACUUCCAUAUUUCUUCAUCUCACCCAGUUCCUAACCUUCUUCUCUUAUGAUAUUUUUAAUUCCCUCAUCUUCAGGUAUGAUUUUAACGUUGUCUGUGCCUUUUCUUAUGCUACUGCCCAUGUUCACACAAAACCCCAAUCCUGGUCUCCUUCAUGAAGGAAAAUUAACUUCCCUCCCUCUUUCUGGCCUCAGUCUAGAUUGACCUCCCAUUUUUUCCACAUCUCAUAUUAUUUAUUACUGCACAUGAAUAUGUGGAUAGAAACUGUUCUCAUCAGUCUUCAGAUCCUUAAAAACAGGACCAGUGUCUCAUUUUUCAUAGUGUUUUCUGCAGCCAGAGCAGAUCCAGACAUGCAGAGGAAAUUCAAAUUGUUUUAUGAAGUUAUCAAUGAAUUUAUAAAUAAGGGUGAAGGCCCAGUGUUUCUGUUAUGAUUUCUGCUUCUCCCACACACUGGAACACAAGGAAAGGCAGGGUUAGACAACAGUGGUAACUCUUCCUGGUGGAGCGAACACAGCAGCAUUUCCCAUGUCGCGUGCUCCUGAGGACUUGAGACUGAGCAGGCCUGGGCUGUUGCAGGGACCCGUGUUGUUUGAGGACGUGUCGGUGGACUUCACCCAGAAGGAGUGGCAGCUUCUGGACCCUGCGCAGAGACGUCUGUACAGGGACGUGAUGCUGGAGAACUACAGGCACCUGGAGUCACUGGGACACUGUGUGACCAAACCUGAGCUGAUACGCAGGUUGGAGCAAGGAGAAGAGCCGUGGAUACUAAAGAGGGAAGUGCCAAGUCACAGCCACGCUGAAGUCCAGCGAGCCAAUGACAUGAAAGAAAGCCAAGAAAAUGAAGACGAAUAUGCAAGACCAGCUGGAUUUAUCCACAGCAAAACACUCCCCAAGGAGGGAAAGGAGACCUUAAAAGAAACAGUAGAGAUGACCACGAACCUAGUGCCCUCGGGAAAAACGUCUCCUAACUGUGACUCAUUUGGAACAAGCUUAAAAAGUGUUUCAGAAUUAAUUAUUAGCAAUAGAAACCAUUUAAGAAGAAAGUCUCCUGACUUCAGUGAAUGUAGGACCCUCGAUACGAAGCAGGAGAAAAUGCAUACAAGGAGCAGGCCCCAGGGAAAUGAUCAGAGGAAGAGACCCCACAGUCCUCAGGAGGACUGUGUCCAGAACAGUUCGUCUCCAGAACAACCUCUCGAACAUGAUGAUUGCAGGAAGGCCUCUCGUAGGAAGACACCCUUGGUUACAUGUGAGAGAGCUCACACAGGAGAGACAUCCUCUAAAGGUGACAAAUACAGACGAACCUUCAACCAAAAGUUAAAGGUCAAUUCUGAUAUGAGGAUCCUUGGGGAAAGGAAACCACAUGAAUUCAGGAAAAGUGGGAAAUUGUCAUGCGGAAAGCCAAAAGAGGCACUUCAAAGAAUUCCCAUACAGGAGAAGCAUGUUGGAUGUAGUAAAUUGGGGAAAUCCUUUAGCAAGAAAUCAAACCUCACCCAAUGUCAGAGAAUGUGCCCAGGAGAAAAUACUAAUGAGUGUCACAAAAGUGAGGAAGACUUAAGGAAGUCAUACCCCAGUCAAGAUGAGAAAACCCAUGCAGGAGAGAAGAUCUAUGGCUGUACAGAGUGUGGGGAAUCCUUUCAUGAUAAAUCAUGCCUCACUAGGCAUCAGCGAACGCACACCACAGAACCAAGCCAGCGUGAUGAUAGGAAGAGAGCCUUGGAGAGGAAAUCCCACCUCACUCUGAAUCAGAGAGACGCCACCAGAGAGGAUGCUGACGGAGGUGAUAAGUGUGAAAAAACCUCCCGCAAGAAGUCAACGUACACUCAACAUCAGAGAAUGACCUUGGAGAAAAAACCUCAUGAGAGUAAGAAAAGUGGAAGAGCCUUAAGUGGGAGGUCACACCUCACUGAAAACCGGAGCGGUCGCAAAGGAGAGAGAACUUACGACUGUGGUAAAUGUGGGGAAAGCUUCCGGAAGAAAUCGAGCCUUACUCAACAUCAGAGCACACACACAGGGAAAAAGCCCUACGAGUGCAGUGAAUGUGGGAAAUCCUUCUUUGUGAAGUCCAACCUCACUGAACAUCAGAGAACUCACACAGGAGAGAAGCCGUAUGAAUGCAGUGAAUGUGGGAAAUCCUUCUGCCAGAAAUCAGCCCUCACAGUGCAUCAGAGAACUCACACGGGAGAGAAGCCAUACAAAUGCAACGAGUGUGGGAAGACCUUCUGCGUGAAAUCCAACCUGACUCAACAUCAGAGGACCCACACGGGAGAGAAACCCUACAAGUGCAACGAAUGCUGGCGAUCUUUCUGUGUGAAAUCCAACCUUGUAGUGCAUCAGAGAACUCAUACAGGCGAAAAGCCCUACAGAUGCCCUGAGUGUGGGAAAACCUUCUAUGAAAAGUCAGCCCUCACAAAGCAUCAGAGAAUUCACACUGGGGAAAAACCCUAUGAAUGCAACGAAUGUAGAAAAACCUUCAGCCAGAGGUCAGCCCUCACCAAACAUCAAAGGAAAACACACAAGAAGAAAACUCCUAUCAAUACCCUCCAUGUGGAGAAACCAACAGUCACAAGCCAAACUCAUCGAACAUCAGUAGGAUCUGAAGGCAAAACCCCGACACAACAACAGGAGUAGGAAAGUCUUUACAAAUACAACUAAUGGGAAUCAGAGAAUUCAUAUAGGAGUAAAACCAUAAGAACAUUUGAAUAUGUGAAUGCUUUCUUUCACACGUAUUUAAAGUUGUUGAGGAAAAUUUAUAAUGUUAAGGUGUAUGGAUUAAAAUGUCCUAGCAGAUAUGUUGUUUAACCAGAAGUCAGAUUUCAGAAGUAAUAUCAAACUUAUUGCAGAAAAUAGUCUAUUCUUAAUAGAAAAAUGAAACGUGGGCCUUUUGUAAACACAUGAAUCAUUUAAGUCAUUGCUAUAUCAGCAUUAAAUAGAAUCCUUCUGGCUAGCA